AUGGAGGGAGUUGGAGGCGACACUGCUACAAUGGCAUCACCUGUACAGCAACGUGCGAAUGAGGCAUGGAGGCUGUAUCAGUAUUACUUAGACAAAACUACGCCUCACGCAGUUAAUAGGUGGAUCGGGACUCUUGUGAUGGCAGGAAUAUACUGUUUGAGGGUUUACUAUGUUCAAGGGUUCUAUAUCAUUUCUUAUGCUCUGGGGAUCUAUGUUCUGAACUUGCUGAUUGGGUUUUUGUCGCCACUGGUUGAUCCUGAGCUUGAAACUUCCGAUGGUCCUAUGCUACCCACAAAAGGUUCAGAUGAGUUCAAGCCAUUCAUCCGUCGACUUCCAGAGUUCAAGUUCUGGUACUCCAUGACUAAGGCGUUCUUCAUUGCGUUUGUGAUGACAUUCUUUUCUUUCUUCGACAUCCCAGUCUUUUGGCCAAUACUUCUCUGCUACUGGAUCGUUCUGUUUGUUCUUACAAUGAGGCGCCAAAUCGCACACAUGAUCAAGUACAAAUACAUCCCCUUCAGUCUAGGAAAACAAAAAUAUGGAGGGAAGAAGGCUUAUGGUAGCAGCAGCAGCUCUCGAGCAGACUGA